AUGUUGUUGAGAAUUCCUCAAAUAGGCCUGGCAGCCAUCUUCUGCUUCCUCUCUGUUGCUACAGCGUCAGCCGACUGUCUCUCAAACAUCACUUACAAUCAAUUGGGGUCGUUCAGCAGCGCACCCAUUACAUUCAAGUUUGGACUACUUAACGCCACAGCCUGCGGACAAUACUGUGAGAAGACCAAGAAGUGUCAGGCAUGGUCCUACGUGGAAGGAGAGGCAGCCAAUGUCACCUCCACAUCUGAUCAUAAUACAUUUGUAGGAUUAUAUCAGUCGUUCUCUAAGAUGCCGUGCCAACACCCAUUGAAGCCGAAUUUCGUGGCAUUGACGCUAGAUGCUGAGGGAUUACUUGAGAGGCUGAAAUCGACAAUGUAUGGGAGUUCUUCAGAUAUACGCGUCUGGUACACAUCCCCAUAA